GUACCACAUGGAGUUUGAAGAGAUUGAGAUGCAGAUCAGGUCAACAUUUACACAACCACUCCCCUUCUCCUCCGCACCCAGCGCAUUUUAGAACCAAUCCCCAGCAAACAGAUAUCAUUACAAGUCUAGUCCACAUCCAAAUGUACCUCUCUGUCUCUCUCUCUCUCUCAACACACACACACACACACACACACAGUAUACCCUAUUCAAGAGUUAAUCUUCCCCACACCACACCAUAACUUUUAGCUUUCGCUCUAUCCUUUAGAUGGCGCAUCAGGCCAGCCACAGGCGCAUCUUAGCAGCUCCAGACUCCAUGGAUCCCACACCAAGAAAACCCAAACCCAACCCUUCCUCCGGCGCCGGCCACCGCCACCGCCACCCAGAUCCCUCCACCAUCCAAUCCAUCUCCCACCGCUUCUCCAAACUCUACACAAACAACAGGAAACUCGCCUCCAAACCCCAUCCGCACCCCCAACCCGACCCGAAUCUCCACGACACGUCAUGCGCCACCCUCACGAAAUCCAGCAGCCAGCACGGCUCCGUUUUCUCGGCCCCGGAGAAAAACCAGCUGGUGGUGAGCUCCAAAAUCAACGACGAUUUGGAUGCAGAGAAAGAGAAAAUUGGGAGAAAUUGUGUGUCCUCAAUCCCUCCAAGUGUGAAUGGAGGUAGAAGAAGAUCAUUCUGCAGCUCGCAGGUGGAGCUCGCCGAUUUCCUCUCGUGCAGCGGCGUCAAAGUGGUGGCCGUCGAUAUGCCGCCCUUCAUGCAGAUUCAUGCCGUCAAUUGUGCGAGGAAGGCGCGCGACAGCUUGGAGAAGUUCACUUCCAAGACUCUAGCUUUCACGCUCAAAAAGGAGUUUGAUGGUGUAUAUGGACCUGCUUGGCACUGCAUUGUAGGGACCAGUUUUGGGUCAUUUGUGACACACUCAGUUGGUGGAUUUAUGUAUUUCUCUAUGGAUCAAAAGCUAUACAUCUUGCUCUUUAAGACUGCUGUACAAAGAGCUGAAUGAAAUGAAAUCAAUUCUACACACAUUAAUUAAUUAGCACAACAAGCACCACCAUUUUUCUGCUCAAUUGUUUUUCACCCUAUUUUAGCAUACGAGGAAGAAAAAAAAAUACAAAUUUGCUCCCCCUGUAAUUUUGUACAUUAAUGUUUCUGAGAAGAAAAGAAUUGGAAGAUGGUAUUAUUCCUUGUGGGAUCAA